CUGAAAAAAGGAAUAUCUAUUCAGAAGUCAUCGAUGGAAGUCGCUGAUGCUGAAAAAGAGGCCAGUGAGGUCCUUCACACUCUACUCUCUGUGGAACGCAUAAAGAAUCAGCGGUUCUCAAUCAGUAUUAAUGAUGGAGCAAAUCAAAAAUGUGGGGGAGUUAUCGGAAACAAUAUGCCAUGUGCCAGAUGAACCCACGAAUCGUGUAAAAGAUUCCAUCGGAGACUAUGUAGAGCUGGAGGAUGAUAAUCCAGAUAUGGAAGAUGGGACUGAACAAGACCAGGAGCUGACUUGCGAUGAUGCUGAAGAAGAGCUAAAAAUACCCAGGAAGAAGCUUGUUUCUAAACUCAAGAAAUCUAAGGUACAUGGAGAAUCUAGUUACGAUCCUACGAAGCUGGAGGAGAGUCCUUCGCAGGUGCUGGAGCGAUUCAAACGUGGCUGUGAGUGUCAAGACGAUCAAUGCUUUCGUGACUUAAAUGCGGAAGCUGUAUAUAAGCAUAGACUGAAUAUAGCAGAACUGACCAAGGCUGAGCAUGAUAUGUACCUUAUGGGAGUCACCAUGGCUUGUCUGACUAAUCCAUACCAAACAGCUAGACAUACAGAAAGACGAAGGUUACGCGCUCAGUAUGUUUACCAAGGUAGAAGAGUUUGCUUGGAUGCAUUCCUAUAUCUGGAGAAUUGUACACAUUAUCAGAUAAAGAGGAUUCGCAAGCAUCUGGUAACUCAUGGUGUAACACCGAGAGUUCAUGGCAACCAUGGGAAGAUACCACACAAUACCUUCUCCUUGGAUAUUUAUAAAAUUGCCACAGAAUUCCUGAAGAGUUUCAUUAAGAAGCAGGAGGCUAAGCAGAAGACUAAGGAUUCCAAGAAUGCACCCCUUCAUCUACCACCAGACAUAACCCGCAAGACUGUUCACGAUCUCUAUACUGAUUACUGCAAAAAGCUAUCCCCUAGUAUUAAAAUAAUGGGUUAUUCCACUUUCCGGAGAUUCAUGAAGGUUCAGUUUCCCCAGGUGAAGUUUGCUAAGCUAGAGUUUGUUGUCCGUGGACAAAACCAAGGUGGACAGUGUAAGGGUGACACUGAGAAGAAGGAUCAAGAUAAGAGUGAAUCUACACAAUUGGUGUCCAGCAACAGUGACCUUGUACCCGUAGUGAUAGCCAGUGGGGCAGUGGAACAAAAUGGAACGUAUUUCUUAACACCAGUUAAUAAACUCCAAGAAGGUGUGGGUUAUCAGCUAAUGUCAGGAGGCUUAUUGGUCAACAGGACAGGACAGCCAUUAACAAUGGCUAAUAUAAAUCCUAUAUAAAAUUUGACAUCCUUUAUAAGGUGAUAUCAAUUUAUGUUGAAGUUAUUGGACAUUUUGUAUAGAGAUUCUAGCACAGUGUUUUUCUAAACAGCCGAUUGAGCACUGAGUCAGAUAAUUAACACGCCAGCUCUCCCUCAACGGCUUUCAGGUUCAUUCUCGCUUACUUUAAUAUACUAUAUACUAUAAUAUAUUUGUAAUGUACUAUCUACAUAGUAUAUAAUAUGUGAAGAGUACAAAAGACUCUAGCAUACUAUUAUACAUAUAUACAUGCUUCAAGCUUAACUAGUCCAACCUGUGUUAAAGUAGCUUUAAGAAAGGGAGAAGUGAUUAUCCAUGUGCUAUCAUCAGUAAGACGGCAUUAAAUUUAUCUUCAAUGUUUUUGAUAUCACUGGAUCAUGAAUUAUUUUCCAUUAAUGAAAUCUUGAAACGUCUAGUUGGGUAUUUUUCUAGUGUGACCCAUGAAAGAUUCAAAUUUUUGAAAAACAAUUAAUUUAGAAGCAAAGGAUACCUUGCUUUUUGGGACAAUUUUUAUUUUAUUGCGAAAAACAUGCAUGUAAACCAUAUGUAUUAUUUAAUAUUAAUUAUUAAUUUAUUAAGUAUUUUAUUUAUACAGCUUUACUCACUCAUGCCGCUCUGCCGUUAAACAAUAAAUCAAUUAUCUGUUCACUGGA